GACAUAAGUAUGUAGCCAUUUGAGAUACCAAAAUCUCAUAUUUACGCUAACAAAGGGAUUCAUCGGUUAGUUGUACGAGCUAGUAUAUAUAUUCGUGCGUGGAUAUCAUUAGAGUACGAAAUUUCCGCUGGUCUCUCUUUUACGUUCUACGAACCGUUUUUAUCUUUGGAGUAAGUUAAUGUGAUCUUUGGCCAUGAGGUUGGCAUUAGCAGUGAUUUUGGUGUUAUGUGCAUGGUUACAUGAUGCCGAAGGAUCUCAUUUUCAAGGAGGAACAAUCCACUGGAAGGUCGUAGACCACACCAUAAACAGGGUUGAGUUCACCUUCAAAAUGGGUUGGACCCUCGGACGAGGACCCGGCUGCCUGUCAACGGCAGACUACGGGAAACUGAUGACAGGCCUGCCGACUAAUUACUGGGAAUGCCUCAGCGGAUGUGGAACAACGGCCAUCAACCUGGUGGAUGUCAACUACUACUGUACAUCGAUAAACACUGUGGAACAGUACGAGCAGGGCGAAAAGACAUUUUAUUAUAACUUCCCGAACAAGGGGCCGUUUGAAAUAGUAUUCCGCGGGACUGCCUGGCGACCCCUUAACUUUGGUUCUGCUGGCGAUUGGCAGCUCCUCACGACAGUUGACUUGAAUUUCCGGAGUGACACCCUUCAUCCGAACCAGAGUCCAAUCACAGCUAGUAAACCGAUCUAUAGUAACCAGUACACCUGCAAUCAUACGAUAGUCCUACCCGGAAUCGACCCUGAUGGUGACACAGUCAGAUGUCGCUGGGCCGUCGGUACUGAGUGCGAGAGUGUGUGCAACAGUCUGCCUGGAGCCGUUCUGGACGAGGAUACGUGCACGUUGGAAUUCGACGCCCAAGCGUCCGUAUCGUUCGCCUCUGGCGGGUGGUAUGCUGUUGCAAUCCAGGUAGAAGACUUCCCAAAGACCACCAUGACCAUUGGAGGCAAGACCUACACACCCUCAGACCCAAUCAAUUCGGUACCAUUACAGUUCCUGAUCACGACUCCAACCUUGCCGUACCCCUGCACCUCCGUGCCUGUCUUUGUAGCAGACACCCCGACUGCUGGCUCCCGAUUCUCCAUCCUCCCCGGGACAACCUUCACCGUCAAGCUGUAUGCGUGGAAUCCCUUCAUUCCAGAUGCUACCAUUGUUGACUUCUUCCUGACGACUCCAACGGGGAUGUCGCAGACGUCAGUCCUAGCAGACGACAAGGCUCGUCCUCGGGUGGGCAUGAUGGAGCUCACGUGGACACCGACAUUAGCACAAGCUGGCGAACACAUUCUCUGCUUCAUGGCAGAAGAUAGCAAAGGCUUGACAACAGAACAGCGCUGCAUCACGUUAGUUGCCUAUGAUAUCGACGAGUGUGCGAGUAACCCGUGUGGAGCCUGGUGUACCUGUAAGGAUAUGACGGGCCGAUAUGAAUGUGACUGUCCCCCUACUUGUCCACCACUACCAGAUGUAUGCUUCAGUCGGCCCUGCCUCAAUGGCGGGACCUGUGCCCUGGAUGUCGUGGCUGCCAGUGGCUAUACGUGUAGCUGUACAGUAGCAUGGACAGGCACAGUUUGCGAAUUGCCAGUUGACGAAUGUGCUAGCAACCCUUGUCUGAAUGGCGGAACAUGUACUGAUCACGUGGGAGAGUUUACGUGCGCAUGCGCGGCUGGCUACGCAGGACAAACAUGCGCGAUAGACAUAGAUGAUUGCGCAGAUGGACCAUGUCAUAACAGUGGCACAUGCGUGGAUGGUGUGAACUCGCACACGUGCACGUGCGCAGCGGGGUGGACUGAUGAUCAUUGCCAAACAAACAUUGAUGAGUGUGCAAGUUCACCCUGUCAUCCCGAGUGCGCAUGUCUGGACGCAGUCAACAGCUACAGCUGCUGGUGUCCACCAUCAACCACAACGCAACCAGCCUCCACAUGCGUGGCACCGCCAGACGCCUGCUUCAGCCGUCCUUGUUUAAACAAUGGUACCUGCAGUUUGGGACCGAGCGCUAUCGGUUACGACUGCGCAUGUGCAUCGGGUUGGAAGGGAACAAACUGUGAAAUAAACAUCGACGAAUGUGCCAGCUCUCCAUGUCAAAAUAAUGGAACAUGUACUGAUCACGUGAACGGCUACAGCUGCACAUGCGCACUCGGAUGGAAUGGGACGCACUGUGAGAUCAAUAUGGACGAUUGCGCAGACGAACCUUGUCAUAACGGCGGGACAUGCGUGGAUGAGGUCAAUGCGCACAGCUGCCUGUGUCCUCCACUGUUCUACGGAGCUCACUGUGAAUAUGAGAACUUCACAGAGCCAUGUCUACAACCAGAAGAAACUGUCUGUACGUGUCAGACGAGCACUGGCCACAAUGUCAUCGUAGUAAGCAACACGGGCGCGACCUGGCGAGAUCUUGUGGCUGGUCUGAUUGGUAUACCCAUCGGCAUGGCACUUCUUGGCAGUCUCCUCGGGCUCUGGUACUGCUGUACGCGAAAGAAGACAACGCCCGGGGUCUAUAAGCGGCCAAUCACACCUUGGCGACCGAGGUCCGCGGCCUCUGUCCAGCCCAUCAUGGAUGACGAGGACUCGCCCCCUUCUACUCCACAGAAAAUCAUACCUGCAACGCACCGGCCUUCAAUGGCGACCAACAUCUACAGAAUACACAAUGACGAUAUCAAUUACCAAGCAGCGGAAAUGAAAGAUCCUCUGUCCUAUGCCAGCGGGCGCACAGACUGGGAAGGAUAGCUUGAUUUUCAGUCGGCAUUCCAUCAAUAUCACAAGAAAGAAAUUGAAGUAAUUACAAAGCAGUUCAGCGCUAUUUGCUAUUAGCUGAGCUUGUUUGUUGCGAAUGGUGCUAUCAUAUGAUUCAGUAGUCGUGCUGUAGGCUUUUACAGCAGUCUACUGCUCGUUUUGUAUAAAGGUUCUAGAUUUUCAGUUUCCUGAAGUUUUGUGUGCUGACACAUGUAACUAACGAUAUGUACAGUGGAACCCCGGUCGGCGACCACCCCGCUAUGACGACCAAGAAUCGCUGGUCCCAAAUGGUUUCCUCUCUAAUUACCAUUGCACGGUCACCCCGGUACCCCGACCACGACCACUGGAUUUGGCGGUUCCAAUGACCAAAUACACCUCCAACCCGACCAAAGGGCCUAAUUGCCGUGAAAGACGAAUGCUCGGUCCCAUGAGUGGUCGUGUUACCUGGGUUCCACUGUACAUGUAAGUCAUACUAGUGGAAAAGAUGUAAUAAAAUGUUUGAGGUAGUACAUGUAUGUGGAAGCAAGAUAACAAACCUUUGUGUGCUCAAUACCGAGUUUUGCUGAAACAUUUUGAAAUAUAAGUCAAUUGAAUACAAAUGCUGUAGUUGUGAUUUCACGAGUCCAACAUGAGACAC